GGGCGGAGCCGAGUGCGGUCUACAGCCUGAGGGAAGGGUUUAAACCCAGAAAGGAUUCAGCCUUAUAAACCACGCGAAGUUGGGGGGCGGGGUGCGUCAGGCACUUCCGUGCGAGGCUGUACGCAUUUCCGGUCAAGAUGGCGACGCCCAGCAGAGUCAGGUGCGAGAGACUCUGUUUUUAGGUGCGGCAGCAUCUCGAGGGCCAGGAAGCAGACCCCCAGGAGUCGACCCAUCAGGACGCCAGUGCUCCCUCAACGUUGACCACCUUCCCCCUUCUAUCUCUCAACACAUUCUUCCCUUCACAACCUGUCCAUGGCGGACAAAGGCUCGGGGGGCAGUCGCCUUCCCCUGGCGUUGCCCCCAGCCUCCCAGGGCUGCUCCUCAGGGGGCAGCGGCGGCUCCUCUGCUGAGGGCUCGGGCAACCCCCGGCCACCGCGCAACCUGCAAGGCCUGCUGCAGAUGGCCAUCACGGCGGGCUCGAUGGAGCCAGACCCCCCUCCAGAACCCAUGAGCGAGGAGAGGCGGCAGUGGCUGCAGGAGGCCAUGUCAGCUGCCUUCCGUGGCCAGCGGGAGGAGGUAGAGCAGAUGAAGAGCUGCCUCCGAGUGCUAUCCCAGCCCAUGCCUGCUGCAGCUGGGGAGACCGAACUGGCUGCUGACCAGCAGGAACGAGAGGGGGCCCUGGAGCUGCUGGCUGACCUGUGUGAGAACAUGGACAAUGCUGCAGACUUCUGCCAGCUGUCGGGGAUGCACCUGCUGGUGGGCCGCUACCUCGAGGCCGGUGCUGCGGGGCUGCGGUGGCGCGCAGCACAGCUCAUCGGCACGUGCAGCCAGAACGUGGCGGCCAUCCAGGAGCAGGUGCUGGGCCUCGGUGCCCUGCGCAAGCUGCUGCGGCUGCUCGACCGCGACCCCUGCGACACUGUCCGUGUCAAGGCGCUCUUCGCCAUCUCCUGCCUUGUGCGGGAGCAGGAGGCAGGGCUGCUGCAGUUCCUCCGCCUGGACGGCUUCUCCGUGCUGAUGCGGGCCAUGCAGCAGCAGGUGCAGAAGCUCAAGGUGAAGUCGGCAUUCCUGCUGCAGAACCUGCUGGUGGGCCACCCGGAGCACAAAGGGACCCUGUGCUCCAUGGGGAUGGUCCAGCAGCUGGUGGCCCUCGUGCAGACUGAACACAGCCCUUUCCACGAGCACGUGCUUGGGGCCCUGUGCAGCCUGGUGACAGACUUCCCCCAGGGCGUGCGCGAAUGCCGGGAGCCUGAGCUGGGGCUGGAGGAGCUGCUACGCCACCGCUGCCAGCUGCUGCAGCAGCGCGAGGAGUACCAGGAGGAGCUGGAGUUCUGUGAGAAGCUGCUGCAGACCUGCUUCUCCAGUCCCAUGGACGACAGCAUGGAUCGGUGAAACCAGGUGGCUUCUCGCCCUCUCUCCGUUGGAACCCCAGGCCUCCUGCCUCCCUCUCUCCCGAAAUGGCCUCUCCCAAGGGAUCCCAGGGUCCUAUCAACCACCCAUCUCCGGGCAGCCCCCUGGAGGGGACUUGGGAUGGUGCUGGUUCCUGGGACCCACUCCUGUACUCUCACUCAUCCCCCAGCCCGUGUCUGCACUGUUCUUCCAAUAAAGGUGUUUCUCCUCCUCCCCUCCACUGCCACUUUUGUCACCUCCUCCAGUGGGUGCCUUGGGGAGGGCAGGAGAGGCAUAAACUUAAGGGGUUUGGGGAGCCACUGCAGGGACAAUAAAACUGUUCUCUUUAUCUUAA